AGUUCUGUUAUUUUCAAUAAUUUGUUUCAGCUUGUUUUCUGUCUCGUGCCCUUGUCAGUCUGAGUUGGUCAGUCUUUUAGUCACAUAUACACGGCACAGAUUUAUUGUAUCUGUGGGGUUAAAUACCACGAGCUUGUUACGCCCCUAUAUAAUUUGUGCACGCGACUAAAGUUUGUCAAACUAAAGGGAAACUGCGUGCUGUAGUGAAGGCGAAAUUCACUUCUAGCAAAAACGUUUAGCUGCUUAUAGAGCAACACUUUUAUUAAACUAUUUUUCUAAAUGGCACUAUUUCCCAGAUGUCUGCUUCACGGUGUCAUUUUUCCGGUCAAAAAGAUGAAUGGACUGCGAGUGAUCCCCAAAUCCACAACUAUACAUGAGUACGCUCGCUACAACAGUAAUUCUGCAGGUAUAAGAGAACGCACCCUUAUAGCAGUCAAACCUGAUGGAGUCCAGAGGCGUCUCAUCGGUCAGAUCAUCCAGCGCUUUGAGAUCCGAGGGUUCCAACUUGUUGGUCUGAAAAUGCUGCAGGUGUCCGAUGAGCUGCUGUCACAGCAUUACAUGUCCCUGUGCAAGAAAUCCUUCUAUCCCAGUCUGCUACACUACAUGACCUCCGGCCCUGUGGUUGCCAUGGUUUGGGAGGGGAAUAAUGUGGUGAGGUCAUCCCGAAUGCUGGUUGGAAAUACAAACCCAGCUGAGGCUCCUCCCGGAACAAUUCGAGGAGACUUCUGUAUUCACAUCAGCAGGAAUGUGAUCCACGCAUCUGACUCAAUUGAGAUGGCUCAGAAGGAAAUCGCUCUCUGGUUCCAAAGCUCAGAGCUGAUUGAAUGGGAGUGCUGUGACCAUGGCAACUUCUAUCAGUUGUGAAUGGAAAGGUGAUAGACCAAAGCAGAGAGAGAAUUCACCUUAUUCAUGCAGUGGCCAUUGUAAACCAAAACGAGGCUAUGGGGCACACAAACCAUAGGAUUGUUGUGUUCUAUGCAUUCACCAGUAGGUGGCAAGAACGCAUUAAUGAUAGUGUUGGGGAAGUAGUAUUUGCUCGUUACUUCUUUACUUUUUAAGUAAGUAAGUAACUUUUUACGUUACUUUUAUGUUGCUCGACUUUGGGCAGAACCCAAUAUCUGUUCCUAAAUAUGUAGGCCUAUAUAAAGUUCUGCUAUGGAGGACAUAACAAGUAUUUAUUUUGUGCUCUUUAUUAUAAAAAAUGCCACAAACAGAGCACGAAAACAUUGGGCUAUUAUAGGCUUCAACACCACCACUAAACCCAUAUGAAACAAUAUCAAAUAGCAUAGCCUCGAUACAUCUUAUGGGCAUAUACAGCAGUACAGUAGUACACAAAAUACAUAAGGGCUUAUUUUACAGACUUAUAUUCUUUCAUUAAACUGGCUCCUCUGAAAUUGGUGCAAAGCUAGUGCAAAUCGUAUCAAUAGGUUGGCAGUUGUGUUAACGGCAGUGGGCAAAAGUUUCUCACCAGGGCACAGUGUACACCUUACACUCACAUUCCUCCACCUAAUGGGAAUACCGGUACCUCCAUCCCUCAAAAGUUAGCGUUGGCUGCUUCUCGCAUGAUUGCUCUUCAUGCUUACAGCCUCUGUCACAUACAGUCCAUGGGGAGCUUGUGACUAUUGUGCAAGCGCGUAGCUGAGAAAGCAACGUUCAGUAGUAGCGUGUUACACUAUUUUUUACCCAAAAAGUAGUUAUGUUCAAUACUUUAACGUGUUACUUUGUAACGUGUUACACACAACACUGAUGAUGCAGUGUUCAAACAUGCUAUUCCUGUAGACAACCUUUAGCCCAAUUACAUGGAAAUAUAAAUCAGGUUUAUAGGCCAAGUAUACUUGCAUAUACGAGGAAUUUGUGUUCUGCAUU